UUUUACUGCGUUGGAGGGAGGGGUACACUUGUUGUUGUACCAUUGAAAGUUGGGGGUGAAAGUGGCGCUAUCGGGGUGCAAAGACGUCGGAUCUCCCAUUCAAAAUAGGUAUUCGAAGAAAUCACCGGUAAGUAAACGAAGAAGAAGUGGAUGCUCUAGAAGGGAAGCAAAGUCCUCCUCCAGAAACGGUUUGCUGGAAUGGGUAAUCUUCUAAAAGUCCUUACAAGGGAAAUAGAGAACUAUCCACAUUUUUUCCUGGACUUUGAAAAUGCACAGCCCACAGACUGUGAGAGAGAUGUAUGGAACCAGGUGAACGCGGUGCUCCAGGACUCUGAGAGCAUCCUCUCUGGCCUACAGGCCUACAAGGGAGCCGGACAGGAGAUAAGAGAGGCCAUUCAGAACCCCAAUGACAUGAUCCUACAGGAGAGAGCCUGGAACUCAGUCUGUCCCUUAGUCAUACGACUCAAAAAGUUCUACGGCUUCUCUCUGAGACUAGAGAGGGCCCUUCAGAGCCUGCUGGAGUCCCUGACAUGCCCCCCAUACACCCCCACCCAGCAUCUAGAGAAGGAGCAGGCUCUGGCCAAACAGUUUGCUGAGAUCCUUCACUUUACCCUGCGCUUCGACGAACUCAAGAUGAGAAUUCCUGCCAUCCAGAAUGACUUCAGUUAUUACAGGAGGACCAUCAGCCGAAACAGGAUAAACAACAUGAAUUUGGAUAUAGAGAGAGAGGUCAACAAUGAGAUGGCCAACAGAAUGUCACUGUUCUACGCCGAGGCGACGCCCAUGCUGAAAACCUUAAGCACAGCUACGACAAACUUCGUAACAGAGAACAAGACAUUACCCCUGGAGAACACCACUGACGUUCUCAGUACAAUGGCCAGUGUCUGUAAAGUCAUGCUGGAGACACCAGACUACACGUGCCGGUUCAACAGUGAGGACACGCUGCUGUUCUGUAUGAGAGUGAUGGUUGGAGUCAUCAUCCUGUACGACCACGUCCAUCCCAACGGAGCCUUCAACAAGUCCUCCAAGAUAGACAUGAAGGGAUGCAUAAAGGUCCUGAAAGAACAGCCAGCAGAUAAUGUUGAAGGUCUCCUGAACGCCCUCAAGUUCACCACCAAACACCUGCACGACGAGUCCACUCCAAAAAACAUCCGCUCCAUGCUUCAGUAACCUUUUUAUAUGAAGAGGAUCAAUGUACUGACCUCAACGAAAGAUGUAUAUGUUUACAUAAUUUAAAAGACUGGAUGUUAAUACUUGUGUAUUUACAUAGUCAUUCCCUGCAAGUUACUGAAACGUAUAGAACAUAUACCCUUUUCUUCGAGAAAUGAAUUGCCUUUUACUGUUAUUAUGUUAACAUACCUUUCAGCCUUACAAACUGAGCUUGGCAAGUAGCAUUUGGAGAAACAAGCACUCUGGUUGGUUUCUGUGACUGAGCCAAGCACUCUGGUUGGUUCCUGUGAGUGAGUGGGCGAAUGAAAGGAGCUUCAUCUGUGGUUUGUGUCAACAAAAGAUGAAUUCCAAAUCAACUCCUAGCCUGGGGUGUAUUAAUUAGUCGGAUUCCGUUUGCAAAGGAAACCGUUUACUGCAGCAACUAAACGGAAACAAACCGAGCAGACGGAACCAAACUUUGAGGGACCUACCUGCAUGUGUCCAAUAGAAACUCUUGUUUCUGUUGCAAAACGUUUUCCGUUGCAAAACUUUUGCAAAGGAAUCCGACAUAAUGAAUACACCCCAUGUUCCAGAUCUGUUUGUCCUGUCUCCUGUGGAUGGCAAGGUGAAGAUUGUUCAACCCUACUCAAUCCUCUCCUAUCUACAAGAGUGCCUAGGAAGUAGAGGCUAGCUAGGGGCUGGUUUGGAAUUUAGCAGGGGAUGCGUUGAGGGGAAGAAGUGAUGGCUUUCAUAUAACGUGUUCUCAGUAAGUUGAUGGACUUUGUGCCUUGUUGGCAAGAAAAUGACAAAGGCAGUACGUGCCAUAAGAAAUAAACAGAUCAACCAAAUGUUUAUUUUUUUACCUGUAUGACAGGAGGAUUGGGACACAGUGUGAUUUUAGGGGGUUUUCUUGUCUGUAUUUGGGACUCUGUAUCUAACAGAAAUCUAUUGUUCAAAAAAGCAGCUUUAAAUCAAAACUGUCAGGUUAUAUUUAAGUGACACGGAGCGGCAAAAACAAUUCCUUCCACUGCUUUUGUGAUCUCUACUCCUGUAGUAGGAUGGCAGUGAUGAUGAUGAACCUUCUAGUCAUUCUCCUUUAUACUGUAAGACCAGUCAGACUGUUGUCCCAUUCUCUACCCCUAUAGACCACCACAGUAUGAGUCAUAAUACCCAUAAAACCUAGCGGUCAAAUAAGGAAAUGGUUCCAAUUGUUUUUCUACCAUUCAUUUUUCCUAUAGGGGAUUUUAGAAACACUUAAAAUAAGGGCUGUCUUUCAUAUAGGCUAACCCUGGUGUGAGGUUUAGAUAAAUGUUAAAUUUCUCUAGGACAAAGUGACUUUUAUCAAUAUAUUCGCCUCUAUUUAAUCCCCCCAAAUGAAAUGCUAAUUAGUUGCUAUCAUAAAGAACUACAAAUGCCAUGAUGAGCUGGACUAAACUGCCAAAUUGAGGCAAAGGUAGUUAAUCCAGAGAUUCUUAUCUGUUAGCUAAAUGUAUUUAAUAAAUAAAUUGGCUCCAUUUCUUUAAAUUGACAAUUCUGUGAACUGUCUUUUGAACGUUUUAAAUUGACCGGUGGUGUACAAAUACUUUAAAGUACUACUUAAGUAGUUUUUGGGGUAUCUGUACUUUGCUGUUUAUAUUUUUGACAACUUUUAAUUUGACUUCACUGCAUUUCUAAAGAAAACUUUUUUUACUCCGUACAUUUUCCCUGACACCCAAAAGUACUUACAUUACAUUUUGAAUGCUUAGCGGCAUAGGAAAUUUGUCCAAUUCACACACUUAUCAAGAAAACAUCCCUGGUCAUCCCUGCUGCCUCUGAUCUGGCGAACUCACUAAACACGAAUAGUUCGUUUGGAAAUUAUGUCUAAGUUUGGAGAGUGCCCCUGGCUGUCCGUUAAAAAAAAAUAUAUAGAAUUGUUCCGUUUGGUUUACUUAAUAUAAGGAAUUUGAAAUGAUUUGUACUUUUACUUUGAUACUUAAGUAUAUUUAAAACUAAAUACUUUUAGACUUUUCCUUAUGUAUUUUACUGGGUGACUCACCUUUUAAUUUUCUAUUAAGGUUUCUUUACAUUUACUCAAGUAUGACUAUUGGGUACUUUUUCCACCACUGAAAUUGACACACUAUCUCUUACAUUUACAUUUAAGUCAUUUAGCAGACGCUCUUAUCCAGAGCGACUUACAAAGGUGUCAGCUAGAGAUGACGUGCAGGAGUUUGUAGGGAUUUGAGGUCUUGUAUGAUGUCUAUUUUGAUGCUAAUUAGCAUUUUAUAAUCUGAGAGUAAAUAGAGCUGAAUAUAUUGAUAAAAGUCACCUUGUCCAAGAAUGAUUUUCACGGUUAUCAAAAUGCCACACCAGAGUAAAGCCUAGACGAAAGACGGCUCUUAUUUUAACUGUUUCUAACAUCCCCUAUGGGGAAAAUGAAUGGUGGGAAAACGAUUGGAACCAUUUCCUUGUUUGGCCUCUUGGUUAUAUGGAUGUUAUGACACCUACGCUGUGGGACUCUAUACCUGAAGUGUACACUCGUUCCCUCCCUCAUUGUUUUGGUGUAUUGAGUACAGGGAGUUCUCACACCUGUCCAUUCCAUGAAGAGGUGUGAACCAUUACACACUUUGAGAAGUAGGGUUGGGAAUUGGACUGCGGUGAAAAAUAAAUCCCUGAAAAUGUAUAAUUUCAGUAUACAAAGUGCCAUUCUGAAGAAUAAAGCCUUGUCUCUUUAUUUUUUAUUUUUUUUACUUUCAUCCAAAAUACAAAGAUAUUUGUGUCACCUGAUUUUGUUUGGAUUUACUCUGAUUAAAGCUGGAGUUGUGAUUCGACGUUAGAUGAAAUAUAUGUCAGACUGUUGUUAAACCUGUGUAACUUCUGUUUUCUUUUGAGCUGUUCUUUGUGUAGACCAUUGUUUCAUGCUAAUGAACGAACGUUGACCAAAGGGGCAUUAUAGGAGUAUUCUCUAAACUCAUUCAGCUUGUAUACAAUGGUGUAUGUAUAUUUGACAUGGUUCAGUGGUCAAUUGAAUUAAUAUAAUUAUUAACUGGAGAACAAUAUUGGAAAGUUGUGUACAAAACGGCAGAAUUGUGAGUUGCGUCUCUAAUGAAAAUACAUGGUGUUCUAUGAAUUGGAGAAACCGUUGUUUGGUGAUCUGACUUAACAUAUAGGUCAGACAAUCGCAUGUUAGGAUUAAUGACUUGUAGAAAUCCUGUGGUGUGCUGCGGUCUCGCUCCUGUCUGUCCAGACGAACGUGGAAUUUAAGAUGGACUAGCUUUUUGGGUUACCGUACCACCGACUGCUCUGUCCGGACGAACGUGGAAUUUAAGCUGUCCGGACGAACGUGGAAUUUAAGAUGGACUAGCUUUUUGGGUUACCGUACCACCGACUGCUCUGUCCGGACGACCACUAAAGUACCCCCUCGUGCAUUUAGCAGUAAGCCUAUGGUGUAAUGGGUCUUUUCAAGUACCCCCAUGGGUCCUAGUACCCCUGGUUGGGAACCACGAGACCAAUAGGCCAUUGUCAUGUUGAGCAGCAUCCAAACAAUUAUCUCCUACCAAUUCCAUUUCUGCGUUUACAUAGGGAGCCCAAUUCUGAUCUUUUGCCCAAGUAUUGUCAAAGGAUCUGAUCUGAUUGAUCAAAGAUUCAAUUAGUGAAAAAAAGAUCAGAAUAAGUCUGCCUGUCUGAACGCAGCCAAUGAGUGACAGGGAGUUGGCAUGAUGUGACAAACAGACUGGCACUAAAGACUGACUACUAAAUACUAGCUAAGCUUCUGCAAAUGUAUCCUGUUCACAUUUUUCCUUAUCAGAGAAAGACAAACCUAGGACCAUUUUUAAAAUGGGCUUUUCACUAGACUAAAGUAGCUUGUGCAUUUACUUGUCGCUAAGUCAGCAAUAUAGACACCAACCUCAGAUAAUUAUGAAUUAAAUAUAUUUAAUUAGACAGUAAAUAGGAUUUACAGUGCUAAUGUGAAAUGAGACAAAUGGCUAUAGAUUUUGAAAUCCAUGCCAAAUCAAAAUACCUAGCUAUAUAUUACCGUAUCUAUUUUGAUACUUCAUACACACUCUCCAUCUGUGUACUCAUCGUAAUAUAAAAUACCAGUAACUCUCCAUCUGUGUACUCAUCGUAAUAUAAAAUACCAGUAACUCUCCAUCUGUGUACUCAUCGUAAUAUAAAAUACUAGUAACUAACAUUUGUUGAACGACCAUCAAAUGUCCACAGUGGAUUUUAACAUUCAUGUUAAUUGUUUAUUUUCUAUAGUUUCUGGUAAUACAUAAUACAUUGACAAUUUAGACAUACUUUUUGUUUGAAGGACAAUUUAUAUAUGCAAUGAAUGAAUACUGUACAUGGACAAGACAUUCAGCUAAAUGUACAGUAUGAUAUUGAUACAAAUACUGAGGUUUAAUUCCAAAACCAAUUUCUGUCAAACCUCUGUCAGUAUUGAACUCCAAAAUGCCUUUUUCAGCCCAAUAUAUGCUAUUCUGAUUACGGUGUGUUGAAUGAAGCUGUAUUGAAUAUAAAGAAGGGGGGGAAAGUUAACUGACAACUGUUUCAUAGUUUGGGACACUGGUUCAAUGUUUCUAAAUGGCUUUAGCUUUAUAUUACAUAUUGAAUGGGUGUGUGAACUGAAAAUAAAACUGUUACAUUUCCUGCA